AUGGCCACUAUUCAAAUAAGCGAACCAGAGGCUAGUAUUGUAGCCAUGUCCCACACUAUCUUCCGCCCUAGUUCACCAUCGGAAUCUCGACUUGAGGCAAGAGUAGCAGAACUAGAGGAGCGACUACAGGAUGAACGCAUUGUUCUCACUAAGAGUCAAAGAGACAACUGCGAUUUGGCACUGGAGAUUGAAAUGCUCCAAGAACGUCUCGAGGAAGCCAAUGAAACCAUUUCGCAGCACAUGGAUACUAUUCGAAGAAAGGAGAUGGAACUUGCAAUGGUUCAAAAGGAGCGAGAUUUGCUACGGCACACUCAAGAAGAGGACGCCGCAUCGUUACGCAAACGCUACCAAACCUCGAUUGAGGAGCAAAACCACGAACUCGACGAUUUUCGACGAAUCAAGUCCAAGCUGGAAAAGGAGAAGAGCGAACUGCUGAACCAGGUGGAAAAAUUCGCCAGUGAUCUUUCCAAAAUUGAGCUUAUGAACGAGUCUUUGGAAAAUAAAAACGAAGCCCUGGAAGCCCAGAACACUCGUCUCAAGGCUGGAAAUGAGGAUUUAUUGAAACAGCUGGCCGAAGCCCAUGCGAAAUACACUAGCCUUUCAGCGGAUGAGGCUGAGAGACAAAAGAGCCUGGACAAGUUGACAACCUCGUUUAAUAUCGUUCAGCGUCAAGCCACCAUUUCAGAGAAGGAGAUUGAUGAGCUGAAGCGUCAGGUUCAAGAAGAGACUACGUCAAACACUCAUCUCCAAUCUCGCCAAGCCACCCUUCAAAUGGAAUUGGAGGCUGCAGAAGCCAGGGCAGAAGAGGAAGCCGAGAAUGCCAAUCAAGCCCAACAACAACUCGCCAAAACCAACGCUGAACUUGCUGCUUUUCGAACUAAAUACGAACGUGAAGUGGCUGAACUCAACAAUGAAAUUGAUGAAGCUAAACGUCGGCACACAACUCGCACUAAUGAGUUAACCGAGCAGUACGAAUCGGAACACGCGAGAGUGCUUAGCCUUGAGAGAACCAAGACUCAACUCACUGGACAAAUACAUGAAAUUCAACUUCAACUUGACUCAUACCAAGUGGAUAACUUGGAUCUCAAACAGGAGUUGAAAUCGGUAACUACGCAGUUGAGUGAAACAGAGAAAAUUCUCGAGGAAAUUCAAACUGAGGAUGCUCAACUUCGAUCAAAACUGUCUGCUGUCCAAAAGGAGCUUUCAAGUACUCGUAAUUGGAGAGUGGAGAAUGAACCGAGACUUCUCUCCCUAGAGAAGGAGAACCGUAACAAUGCCGAGAAAAUUAAGAACCUCAAGGAGUCUGCUACCAAAUUGGCAAAGGAGAAUGAUGAAAUGGAGGCCAUGCAAGUGCGUUUGGAAAGAGAAAGAGAAUCCCUCCAGAUGAACGUUCGUGAAAUGGAGGAAACUCUGCUAGAAACUGAGGUAGGGAAAACACUAAAAGUUACUUAA